AUGGGUCAAGUGUGGGUGUCUGAGCAGAUUGUCAACUGUAUCUUCCGAAGUGCUCAUCAAGGUGCAAUCAUUCAGUACACAAUCACAAAAGAUGUUCAAGGAGCGGCUCCAUAUUUGAGGACACAUUGUCCAUUUAAAGCGUCAAAUGCCGUGUGCAUGGGUACAUUUUGGCCUCAAUUAGAUGAGAAAUAUCCAAAAGAGUACAUUGAUGUACAUAUGCAUUCAUUCGAGGAACCAAAUGUAAAAAUCACUUCUGAGUCCUCGGUGGUAAUCAAAGUUGAUGGAACUCGUCUGAAUGGUUAUUUAAAAGAUACGACAGCUGAAAUCGAACAGAUUCAUUCGACUAUUGGAGAUAUUGAGCCCGGAUCAAUCACCUCAUUUCGGAAUCUCUUCGUUUCAGUGGAGGAGAUUCUUUUGAAUGGUUUACUACGACAAGGAAUUCCGAUUCCAAUCUUUAAAGAAGCCGCAAUGGCACUAGCUGGUAACUCGACCAUCAAUCUACUCAAUGAUUUCGUUCGAAUCGAUGCCAAUUUCAUUCAUCAGCCAAUCAAAAAGACAGAU